CCGCGCGCCGCGGCUGCAGCGAGCGGGCGCGGGAGGGCGGCGGGAGCUGGGGACAGUGCGCGGCGACCCCGUGGCCUCCCGCCGCUUGACCCAAGUAGGCGAGCUCCGGCUGUCUCCAAAGCCAGAGGCGCGGGCAGCCCGGGGCAUUGCAUUGGCACGGAGGCUUGCAUAUUCCAGAGAGCCCCGAGUGUGCCCUGACAUGACAAGAAGGCUUCGUCUAUAGGACUACCAACCAGACUCCCAGAAAUCAUGCUGGUAGGAUCCCAGUCCUUUUCACCAGGAGGGCCCAAUGGGAUCAUUAGAAGCCAGUCCUUUGCGGGUUUCAGCGGCCUUCAGGAAAGAAGAUCCAGGUGUAACUCAUUCAUUGAAAAUUCCUCUGCUGUCAAGAAGCCUCAGGCCAAACUGAAGAAAAUGCACAAUUUAGGGCACAAAAACAACAACCCCCCAAAAGAACCUCAGCCUAAAAGGGUGGAAGAAGUCUACAGGGCCUUGAAAAAUGGAUUAGAUGAAUAUCUGGAGGUUCACCAGACGGAGCUGGACAAGCUGACGGCUCAGUUAAAAGAUAUGAAAAGAAACUCUCGACUGGGUGUUCUGUAUGAACUAGACAAGCAAAUUAAAACGAUUGAAAGAUACAUGAGACGCCUGGAGUUUCACAUUAGCAAGGUAGAUGAACUCUAUGAAGCUUAUUGUAUCCAACGACGCCUCCAGGAUGGUGCCAGCAAAAUGAAGCAAGCAUUUGCCAUGUCCCCCGCCAGUAAAGCAGCCCGUGAGAGUCUGUCAGAGAUCAAUCGGAGCUACAAAGAGUACACAGAGAAUAUGUGCACCAUCGAAGCGGAGCUAGAGAAUCUGCUGGGGGAAUUCUCCAUCAAGAUGAAAGGUCUGGCCGGCUUUGCUCGCCUCUGUCCUGGAGAUCAAUACGAAAUUUUCAUGAAGUAUGGCCGGCAGAGGUGGAAACUGAAAGGCAAGAUAGAAGUAAAUGGCAAGCAGAGCUGGGAUGGAGAAGAAACGGUCUUCCUGCCCCUGAUCGUUGGGUUCAUUUCCAUCAAGGUCACGGAGCUCAAAGGACUAGCAACUCACAUCCUGGUGGGCAGUGUGACCUGCGAGACCAAAGAGCUGUUUGCAGCCCGACCCCAGGUGGUGGCUGUCGACAUCAAUGACCUUGGCACCAUCAAACUGAAUCUGGAAAUCACCUGGUAUCCAUUUGAUGUAGAGGACACGACACCAUCCUCAGGUGCUGGAAACAAGGCGGCAGCCCUUCAGAGGAGAAUGUCCAUGUACAGCCAGGGCACCCCGGAAACGCCCACCUCCAAAGAUCACUCCUUCUUUUCAAAUCUACCUGAUGACAUCUUUGAAAAUGGAAAGGCAGUUGAGGAGAAAAUGCCACUAUCUCUCAGCUUCAGUGACCUGCCCAAUGGGGACUGCACCCUUCUCUCCCAUUCAGCGGGCUCACCCUCCAAUUCAACAAAUCCAGAAAUUACCAUCACCCCUGCAGAGCUUUGCCACAGCAGCCUGUCCUCCCAGAAUGAGGGCAUGGAUGACACCAGCUCAGCAUCUUCCAGGAACUCCUUGGGAGAAGGCCAAGAGCCAAAGUCACAUCUGAAGGAGGAAGACCCAGAGGAGUCUGGGAAACCUGCCCCGGCCCUGCCUGAGGCCUGCCACCAACAGUCCGCAGUUGCUGGGGCUGAGCACCUGUUCCUAAAGAACGAUGUUGCAGAGGCACUUCUUCAAGAGUCCGAUGAGGCCUCUGAGCUCAAGCCUGUGGAGCUAGACACUUUUGAAGGAAACAUCACAAAACAGCUGGUCAAGAGGCUCACCUCGGCAGAGGUGCCGGCAGCCACCGAGAGGCUGCUCUUUGAGGGCUCUGUCAGUGGAGAAUCCGAAGGCUGUAGAUCCUUUCUAGAUGGAAGUUUAGAGGAUGCCUUUAACGGGCUAUUCCUUGCAUUAGAACCACAUAAAGAGCAGUAUAAAGAGUUUCAGGAUCUGAACCAAGAAGUCAUGCAUUUGGAUGAUAUUCUAAAAUGCAAGCCAGCGGGAAGCCGCAGCAGGUCUUCCAGUUUAAGUCUUACUGUUGAAAGUGCUUUAGAAAGCUUUGAUUUCCUGAACACCUCUGAUUUUGACGAGGAGGAGGAGGAUGGUGAUGAGGUUUGUAACGUUGGAGGAGGUGCUGACUCAGUAUUUUCAGACACUGAGACUGAGAAACAUAGUUAUAGAUCAGUUCACCCGGAAGCCAGGGGGCAUCUCAGUGAAGCACUGACUGAAGACACAGGAGUUGGGACUAGUGUGGCAGGAAGUCCCCUUCCACUGACCUCAGGAAAUGAGAGCCUGGACAUCACCAUCGUUAGGCACCUCCAGUACUGCACCCAACUCGUCCAGCAAAUCAUUUUCUCAAGCAAAAUCCCAUUUGUUGCAAGAAACCUCUUAGAGAAGCUUUCUAGGCAGAUCCAAGUGGUGGAGAAACUCGCAGCUGUCAGUGAUGAAAACAUUGGAAAUAUCAGCUCUGUCAUGGAAGCCAUACCAGAAUUUCACAAAAAGCUGUCCUUGCUGUCAUUCUGGACCAAGUGCUGCAGCCCAGCUGGUGUCUACCACAGCUCAGCUGACAGGAUAAUUAAGCAGCUGGAGGCCAGCUUCGCGAGAACAGUCAACAAGGAAUAUCCAGGACUUGCGGACCCAGUGUUUCGAACGUUGGUGUCCCAAAUUCUGGACCGUGCUGAGCCCCUGGUUUCCUCCAGUCUCUCCUCAGAAGUCAUCACAGUUUUCCAGUAUUACAGUUACUUUACCAGCCAUGGUGUGAGUGACCUAGAGAACUACCUGAGUCAACUGGCCGGGCAAGUUUCCAUGGUUCAGACUCUGCAAUCACUAAGAGAUGAAAAACUGCUACAGAUCAUGAGUGACCUUGCUCCCAGCAACCUCCCAGCCCAGCAGGAAAUACUCAGGACUCUGGCUCUGCUAUUAACCAGAGAUGACAAUGAAGUUAGUGAGGCUGUGACACUUUACUUGGCAGCAGCCUCCAAAAAUGAGCAUUUCAGAGAAAAGGCCUUGCUCUAUUACUGUGAAGCACUAACAAAGACAAACCUUCAGCUCCAGAAGGCAGCUUGCUUGGCCUUGAAAACUCUUGAGGCUACUGAAAGCAUUAAAAUGCUGGUGACAUUGUGUCAGUCUGAUACUGAAGAAAUCAGAAAUGUGGCCUCAGAAACCCUCUUGUCUCUUGGAGAAGACGGACGGCUGGCAUAUGAGCAGUUGGACAAAUUUCCUCGAGACUGUGUUAAAGUUGGAGGUCGUCAUGGAACUGAAGUUGCCACAGCCUUUUAAUUAUAAGUUAACUUUGCCUAACAACUGUCUUAAUAUCUGGCCCUUUUCAUCAAGGUGGUGCUGUGGUUUAGCUGAAAGUGUUGAGAACAUGAAGGUUCUGCUAUGGUUAUCUGGAUAUUUAGCAUGUUAUAGAAAGAAUUCAAAGUUUAGUUACACAGUACUAAGCUACUUUUCCUUUGACCGAUAGAAUAGGGCUAUGUAUAAUUCAAUAGAUUACAUUGUUGAUUGUGUCUGACAGUACUCAGUAUGAGUCCUUCUUAAUAUGUAUGAAAUUUUAAAAUAGCCAUCUUUGUACUUUUUUGCAAGUUCUUCUAUAAGCUUGAACUAGUCAUGCGAUACUUUGAUAAAUAUCAUAUGCCUUGCAGUUUUUCUCUGUCGUGUUCUCAGGGUUGCAUAGCCCCCUUAGCUACCUAAUCUUACUUUCAAUACAAAGCACAAAAAAGAAUGUCUUCAGAUAAAAUUUGCCUGCAGAUCCUGGCAAAAUGACCCAUUGUAGGAAUUUAAUUUUUUAAUUUUAUUUUUUUAAGCUCCCACUAUUUAUUUUGUUUCUUCCAUCCUGAAAAUUCCAAAAUCAUGUUUCUAUUAUGGUAAAAAUAUAGGUAGCUGAGUAAGAACUACCUUAUUACCCAUACUCUUAAAAACAAAAAACUCAAAGCUUAAGUUUUUUUUUCUUAAAUUAACGAGACCUAUUUUUAAUGAUACUCUUACCUUUGAGGUAUUUUGCUGCUAAGAUAAAUCAAAACCAAAAGUUAUGGAUUCACAAAGCUGUGAUGCUCUUUGAGGUGGAAGAGCCCAGAAGUUGGAGGCCUCCUAAUGGGAUUGGAGUGGAGUAUUAAAAGUGAUCCCUGCUUCUGCAAAAAUGACCAUGAGAUUAGGAAGAAGAAGGGUGCCCUGAGGGGUAGUUACUGCCCCCAGAGAAAUCAUUCCCUGGUUGAAUUCCCUAGCCAAAUAGUUCAAACAACAGUUCCCAUUAUUGCUUCAGAGUACCAAAUUUCUCAAAGUACCAAGUCCAAUAAACAAAGUAUAAAACCAUUCAGUAGCUCUUAUUAAGUAUCUUUUCUUCUUCUAAAGAAUAAAGGUCAGGUAUGCCAAGGUAUCACAACAAUAUAUGUGAGUGUAUACUGUGGAAUAUCAACUGUACUCUAGAUAUGAUUAUAUAAAAUAUCAUUUAGAUGUAAUUUUAAAUAUUUACAUUUUAGCAAGACUUUUAAAAAGGACUUAAUUUCAUUUUAAAGUGAAAACUGUUUGCCAGGGUUCUGGCAAAUAGUUAUUUCAACUGUGAAGUUAUAAUGUACAUAUGUGUAUAUUUAUAAAUAUUAUAUAUAUGCAUAUAUCCUUCAUUUUAAAAGGUACAUUGUACAGUCAAUAGUCAGUUUGUAUAGUCUAUAGUCUAUGUUAAAUGGUUAAAACAAUUAUUUUAUAGGAAGUCAAGUCACAGAUGUUGCAGACUUUUUUGUUUGGUUUGCUGUUGUUUUUUUUUAUUAUUUUUUUGAAUAUUGCAUGAGUAAUUAAUUCCAUAUCUUUUUUAUUCUCUUCUGUAUUUUAUGUUUGGUUGAGGGGUGCUUUUAAUUUUUUGGCAUUUGUAUUCAUCACUCUUUCAGUCAUGUAAGUUAAAAUAAAAAUUAUUUUUGAAUUAUUA